AUGUAUAUUCAUCCUAAAUAUUACGUACGCGGACCUGUAUAUUUUGCGGACUAUGACGUUGCUUUGAUGAAACUCCCGACACCUUUGAACUUUACCGAACGUGUGCAGCCUGUCUGUCUUCCAAGUCAAGAUGAUAUUUUUAACGGAAAUGAUAAUUGUUUUGUGAUUGGCUGGGGACGCACUGCAUCUGGCUUCACUUCUCCAUAUUUACAACAGGUGAAACUUGAUGUUAUUAGUCUUCAAGAAUGCAAUAGUUUUAGCUUUUUUAACGGGAGAGUCUCACCAAGGUCAGUCUGUGGUGGUCGUAGAUCAGGUGGAGUCAGUGCUUGUAAUGGUGAUAGUGGUGGUCCCUAUCAAUGUAAACGCAAUAAUACUUGGAUACAAUUAGGGAUAGUCUCUUGGGGACGCUCUUGUGUGCAAGCUAGAUAUUACAGCGUGUUUAUGGAUGUCAGAAAAUUCUUGCAGCCAUUUAUUGAAACAAUUCAAAGAGGUCAGAACACUAAUCUAACCAUGUACUACUCAAGAGCAAUUGGAGUUGUGUUUCAAAACUUAUCAGAACUAUAUUCCUCGAAUCUUUCGGUUAUUUUAACGAAUAAUGGAGAAUUUUCUGAUAUCGAUAUGGUUGGAUAUUUUCGAGCACUUCCUUAUCAGAUUGAGCUUGUGAAGCAAACAACCUUAAUUGAUCUUAUUACUGUUUCCGGACAGCAAAAUUUAACUUCAAAUACGACGACAAUACAACAUAUUGCUUCUGUUCUUGUCCGGUAUAUAAGUAGCCUGUAUGCUGAUUUUAGAUCUGGAAGAUCGGGUAGACGUACUUUUGCACCAGAUUCAAAUAGUACGAUUGGGGAAAAUGGUAGUUGUUCCUUUGAAAAUGGCAUUGACAAUUCCAGAUGCACAUGGAAGAAUGUUAAUUAUCCACUUGACAACUUUGAUUGGACCAUCCAUUCAGGCUCAACAUCAAGUUCGAGCACUGGACCUAGCUCAGACAGAAGAGGAUCGAUUACUGGAAAAUACAUUUACAUUGAGACAUCAAGUCCCCGUGUGCUGGGUGAUAAAGCAUGGUUGGUUAGCAACUACUUUAAUACAACAACCAAAUGUUUUACAUUUUGGUAUCAUAUGUAUGGAUCAACAAUUGGUUCUCUUAAUAUAUACCAACAAUAUAUGGGAGGUAGAUUAAAGCUGUUGUGGACAUUAAGUGGCAAUCGAGGAAAUCAAUGGAACAGAGCUCAAGUUACAACCAACUUUACGGAAGCAAAAACAAGGAUCAUCGUUGAAGGUGUUUGUGGCUCCAGCUUUACGGGUGAUAUUGCUCUAGAUGAUUUUGUUUUUCUUAGUGGUUCAUGUGAUAUCCAUCCCACGUAUGCUGAACCACGCUUUAUUAAUACUACAGCAACCAUUUUCCCAACUCCCACGAUUUCUAAUGCCACACCUACCUCAACAACCACAAUUGGUGCAAAUGGACCGAUUUUAUUUGACGAUUGUGUCGAAGCUCAUGAAAAAUCUUGUUCAAGCGAUGAAAAAAAAUACUAUCUCAAAUCACGAAACGAUUUGGGUUAUGAUGAAACGGAAUGUCAUAUAGGUGGUAGCAUAAACCUUGGAUGUACUGGUAUCGGAUGGACAUUUCUUGGAAACAUAAGUGGAAGCUCCUCAUCAAGCUCAACAAACUACGAGUCGAGAAUUUGGCAGUCAAAAGAAGACGAACAAACAAACUUUAAUUCUCAAUUUUGGAGUGCCAGUGUCUCCACUAUUUGUCUGCAGACAUAUUACGGCUUUAUGCAAAUUUCAGUUUCAGCACCAUCUGCUCGUAGUUUAUUUUUCGGUCAAAAACUCUUGAAUAUUUCAGCAUCAUAUUUUUUAAAUUCUUUUACAAAACUAUGGAUUCCCACACAGCUGCCAAAUUUUUCAUCGGGAUGUUACGAAAGUGGAUUCAACGUUGGAGAUGUAAAUUUCAUUCAGGCUCGUUUUGGUAUUGUUUCUGUUAACAGACCAGGAUGUAAUAAUACUGUUGCUCAAGCCAUUGGUGUAGGAAUAAAAAUACCUGGGAGGAAGAAUAUCAGUGUUAACGGUGUGGUUACCAAUGUAAUGUCACUUAAUUUUGCUUCCUACCUAGACUUUAGCUUUUAUGUUCGUUCCCGUCCUCCUAGAACUUAGUUUUUGAUUCUUAGUUUUAAUCUGCUAUUAUGCCGCCUGCACUUACUUAUGUGAUUCCAAUAUAGCUAAUUUAGUCUAUUGCCUAUGAUAAAUUUUUUGUAAGUUAGAUUUAUAAGCACAACACCACUUGUUCAUUUUAAAAAAUGUUAGACUUAUCUUCCACAACGAAAGACACUAAAGUAAAAAAAGCACUGAAAUGAAGCGUAUCAGUUUUAUGUCUAGUAAAUGAAUAUUGUGCUAGUUAAUUUAGAAAUAAUAUAAUAUGAUGGAUCUACGUAAAAUAAUGGUUAUGCCUUAAUAAACAUAGUCAUCACAAAUAAUAUUGUGCUUAUGGUAUGAUUUUCGACCGUGUAAAAGAGUGGCAUAAAACUAUAGGCAUGAUAUAAUAAAA